GGAAGAGAAUAAAAACACCUUCUCUACACAUGCGCCAGGUGAGGACAUCGCGUUACGAUGAAUAGGCGGGCAUUUUGUUAUAUCAUAUCCAUGUUUUCUAAUGAUCUCUGAUCUUCACUGUCAGGUUUGCUGACAGUAUUAUUUUGAGGGACACAGCCGGAAAUGAUUGCAGUUAUUGCGCGUUACCUGUCACAAAUAGUACCUUCAUCGUGUAGGACGAUAGAGGAAGUGAAACAGCGCAUCAAACAGCACCGGCCUGGUUGGAUGUCAUCAUGUGAGACGGUUGAAGGUUUCCUUCAUAGGUCCCUCUUCAGAUACAGUCGACGCUCUCCAGCAUCAGUUAUUAUUUCAACGCAAACGCCGAGAAUGGACGACUGUUGUCAGCAGACGCCACUGUUUACAUUCGGCGUGAUAGCUGACAUUCAGUACGCAGAUAUCGACGACGGCUUCAAUUACUCCCGGACGAGGAAGCGGUACUACAGGAGCAGCCUUCAGCUACUGAAAAAUGCCCAGGAAAGUUGGUCCGAGUCGGCUGUCAGGCCAGGGUUCAUCCUCCAGCUGGGAGACAUUAUCGAUGGUUUUAACAAGGGCCACGACGCCUCUGAGCGGGCCCUGGACAGCGUGCUGAGAGAGUUCAGCUCCAGCCCCGUGGAGGUCCACCAUGUGUGGGGUAACCACGAGUUUUAUAACUUCAGUAGGAGCGCGUUGUUGCGUUCAAAGCUCAACAGCACACUACACACCGACAGGAGCUUCAGUGGAGCCCAGGCUGGGGGUGACAUCUAUGCCUACCACUUCAGCCCGUUCCACGGGUUUAGAUUUGUUGUGCUGGAUGCCUAUGAUGUGAGUCUGCUGGGUAGAGACGAGUCCAGUGAGCAGUACACCACUGCUUUGAAUUUGAUAAAACAGUACAACAACAACGAGGACCUCAACUGUCCCCCAGUGUGUGGGAACCUUGAGCAGAGGUUUACCAAGUUCAAUGGUGGGUUCAGUAAGGACCAGCUGGACUGGUUAGACUCUGUUCUGUCCUCGGCUGAUGAGAAAGGGGAAAAAGUCACUAUUGUCAGUCACCUCCCUGUCCAUCCCCACUCCACAGACCCCAUCUGCCUGGCUUGGAACUUCGAUGAGCUCCUGGACAUCAUACGGUCCCACUUCAGCGUGGUGUGUUUCAUGGCUGGACACGACCAUGACGGUGGAUACCACCGGGAUAAAGACACAGGAGUGCACCACCUGACGUUAGAGGGGGUGAUUGAGACUCCACCACACAGCAACGCCUUCGGCACAGUCUCUGUGUAUGAGGACAGGAUGGUCCUGAAAGGGAAGGGGAGGAUCACAGAUAGAGAGUUUCUGUUCCCAUGAUGACAGAGUCACACAGAUCACAGGGAAAUUACACAAGAUUCAUGACUGAAGGGCUUUUUAGCUGUGAUGGCAAUACUUCUGGAAUAUAUUGGCAUUUUGAGAGGUAUAUUCCAGACUGGAAAAUUUAGGGGAUGUUUGUUACAUUCUCUAAGUAAGUCAGGGAAUUUUACACGAGUCACUUUAUGAGAAUAGGACAAAUGCACAUGCAUAUAUAGACUAUCUUGCAUCACACAUUUAUUGCAUGGCUUAGGGCUGUCUGUAAUUUCUCUACAGCAAGCCCUGUAGUCAGCAAGCCCAAGGAAUACAGUUAUGCUAAUGAGCAUAAUGUUACCAAAACUGACGUUAUAUUUAAAGGCCACGGUGAGAAUACUUAAAAGAUAAAAUACUGACCGCUAUUACAAAAACACAGACACACAUUCUGUCUGCUAUGUGUUUCUUAGAUGCAAGGUAUCAUAUCCACUUACCUCAGCUGAACACAUACUGUACCUCAAAGUUAUUUAUGGCACUUAUAAGUUUUUACUUUUUAAAAAAAAUCCUUACAAAGUGUGAAAUAUAUCUUAUGCACUGGUUGUGUUUUAAACUGGGGGUUAUAUGAUAAAGUUUGCAUAUCUGUACGCAAAUAUUUUAAGGAAUUUUAUUUUCUAUUGGAAUUGUUGCCUUUUUGCAUGUUGCAUAUUGCACAUAACUGACUUUCUUAUACCAUCAUUUGCUGAGCUAUGCAUUGUACAAUGUAGUGGUAAAUAUGAUCAGUGUGGUGUACUGCAAUACACAAUAUUUAUAUAUUACCCAGUUUUCAGGUGCAAAUCUGUAUGAUUUACAAUGUGAAACACUAAGAUGAACAAUAAAAAUCUUUCUGUCAGCAGGUCA